AGACGCGAUCGCAACCGGCGACUACAUAUUCCGCGUGGACAUAUAACUAGUUCUCUCUCUGUGAAAGAAGAAAAAAGACCUCUCUCUCGCUCUCCACAAAGUCGGGAAGCCCUAAUUCGCGAGUCUAUUUGUUUAACACAGCACUGGAAGGGCGAAAGGAGAAGGCAGCCAUGGUGUUCUACUUCAAAGCCCGACCAGAUGCUGGCGAUUUCACCAUAUUCAUGGGCAUCGACAAGUACGAGAACGAGGAGCUCAUCAAAUACGGCUUCUUGGAAGACAUUUGGUUCCAUGUGGAUAAAAUGUCUUCCGCCCAUGUUUAUUUAAGAUUGCACAAGGGUCAGACAAUCGAUGAUAUAAGUGAAGGUUUAUUGGAGGAUUGUGCUCAGCUUGUCAAAGCAAAUUCCAUCCAAGGCAACAAGGUAAACAACGUUGAUGUUGUUUACACUCCCUGGUCCAAUUUGAAGAAAUCUGCUUCCAUGGAUGUUGGUCAAGUUGGUUUUUACAAUCCAAAAAUGGUUCGAACUGUGAGAGUGGAGAAGCGGAUUAACGACAUUGUUAAUAGGUUGAACAGGACAAAAGUAGAAAGGAGACCUGAUUUGAAAGCUGAGCGAGAAGCGGUUAGUGCAGCGGAAAGAGCGGAAAGAAAACAACAACUGAGAGAUAAAAAACGGCGUGAGGAGAUGGAAAGGCUUGAAAAAGAGAGACAAGCCGAGCUAAGGAGUUACAAGGGUUUGAUGGUCUCUGAAAAUAUGACAUCUAAUAAACAGAUUGCAACAACCAGCAAGUCCUUGCAGGAAAUGGAAGAAGAUUUCAUGUAAGCACACCAUUCUUUAAAAGCUCGGUAGAUGCUUCUUGCUGCCAAAGUUACUGGGCCAAGAAAGAAGUGCGAUUGUUAUUCAUUUUAAGGCCUGAAAUUAUUUCCCCUGUGCUUGAAUAACUCAGUACUUGGUCUUUCUGUGGAUGUUUAAUUACUGACUCCUCACUACAAGAAAUAGCAUCUGUCACGGCAACAGAAUGGGUUGGCGGAAGAUGCUGAAAUCUCCUUUUACUUUAAUAUAUAAUUACAAAAGCAAGAAUUGCAUGUUC